AUGAGAGGGCAUUUGGUAGUUCGUUAUUCAUUGUUAAUGCGGUACAAAAACGACCAAUUUUCUGGAACGAAGCAUGAGGAAAAAUGGAUUAAUUCAAAAUUUGCUGCAAAAACGAGGAUUCAUGAAAAUCGUCGCCAUUCAGCUGUUCCUUUUAUCAAUAUUUAUGCGGGUGGUCCACCAAUUGGUAUACGUCGUCGUUCGUUAAGUCCUAUGGCAUUUCUACCAAUUCCGGUAUUAAGUGACAGUCUUUCACCUUUAUUUGAUCCUGAGGCUUUUCACCAUCGAUCAGUUACCCCAACUCGUCGCCGAUUAUUUAAUGAUGCCUCACUUGACAAGGUUCAGUCCAAACCGCCUACGAUUCUGGUGUUCACUGGUGACAAUGAUGAACUUUAUCACCGCAUCCACAGCACUUUGUCUACAAUGGUUUCUCCAGAAAUCUAUACAGUCUUUCAUUUGUCUGUAGAGGCGCUUCAUCAUCAUCCAUGGAUUAAUCGGGAAGCUGUAUGCUUAAUUAUAGCCGAUACAAAAUGUCUCGAUGAUGUGGCCUGGUUGCGUCUUCAACAGUAUUUCAAUAAUUCUGGCAAAAUGUUAUUCCUUUGUCAAAAUAAUUUACUGGCAAGUCUUUCGACAUGCGGUUCAUUCCAUGAAAGCGCAAAGUUGCUGAAAAUGGCUUUUGGUGAUAGGCAGUCAAAUGUGCUUGGCAAAGAUUUUGAAAAUUUCAUAAAAAAGGCGUUUAAGUCGAUUUCAAAAUAUAAAACAGUUAACGAAACAUUCCAUUCGAAAGAUCUUGUUGGAGGAUUGAAAUAUUCAGUUGUUAUUUAUAAAAAUGCAGAUGCACCUCUAUUAUUGUAUAUGGAGAAUGCAGCACAUCAUGCAAGUGCAUUAUUUAGCGAUGCGACAAGUGAAGAACUAUUCGAAAGUGGCGCUACCUUAAUAGCUGAUGCUCUUUCUAGGUUAUCUGUUCAGAUCUCACCAAAAGUUGUUAUCCCAAACCUAAGUCAAGGAUAUCUCAUAUGCCAAUAUGAUCGAUUGCCGUGGAAUAUAAAAGGAAUGUAUUUCAAUGAAGUUUUUGGAUCGUUUCCGAAAUUAUUAAUAAAGCAAAUUGAAAAGGAUGGAAAAUUACCUGCUGCUACAAAUCAAUUGUUGCCAAUUGAGGUGAGAACUCGUCAACAAGGAUUACCAGAAUUCGACGAUCGAAUGUAUUUCAGAACUCUUCGAACAAAAAGGAUCGGUGCAGCUUUGAUUUAUGUGCCUGUUUGUGAAUCGACCCAGGAUAUUGCUAAAAGUCUUGCUACCGCUAUGCCUAAUGAACCAAUUGUCGUUGUCGCUCGACAACAAACUAAAGGAAGAGGUCGUUCUGGUAAUCAGUGGUUAAGUCCAAUUGGUUGCGCAGUUUUCUCAUUUAAUUUUAAUCUUCCUGCUAGUACGCUUCUAGCAUCUAAUGUUGUGUUUAUACAAUAUAUUUUUUCCGUUGCAAUCGUUGAUGGAAUUUGUUCUCUUCAUCCACAUUUAGAGAAUUUGCAGCUGAAAAUCAAAUGGCCUAAUGACAUAUAUUAUGGAAGGAUGUAUAAAAUGGGUGGUUUAUUGGUGAAUGCAUCAACAAUUGGUGAUAAAACUGUCUGUACCCUUGGAGCAGGUUUUAACGUGGCCAAUAGCAAACCUACUAUUUGCGUCAAUGAUGUCUUACCUAUCAAUUCUAGAAUCGAAGUAAAGAUAGAAGAAUUUAUCGCAAAUGCAUUGAACAAAUUUGAAGAUUAUGUCAAUAUUUUUCAAACUAAUGGCCGUCAAGAUUUUUUAAAAUAUUAUUAUAAUUUUUGGUUGCACAGUCGAGAGGAAGUAACACUCGCGAAGUCUAAUGAAAAAGUGGUAAUUCGUGGUCUAGAUGAACAUGGAUUUCUAGUGGUUCGAAGUCGGCAAAGUGGUAAAAUCAUGGUGGUGCAUCCAGAUGGCAAUACAUUUGAUAUGAUGAAAGGGCUUAUUUCAGUAAAAUAUUAA